GUCUCUCUACUAGAGGUUUCUGAAUGUGGAUGAGGAGAGAUGGGAGGAGCGUGAAUUCACUUAAGCUACAGCAAAACAACCAAUGCAGUAAAAGAUCCUGAAAGCAAACGGAAGCCAGUAAAACACAAUGCAGUACUGAGGGAGCAGCAAUGCACGGCUGGCCAUAGACCACACAGGACAGAGGGGGCGAGAGCGCAAAGCUGCUCAAUAUUGCACCAUGCAGACCUGUCUCUGAUAAUUUCCAAGGCGGGUGGGUGGGGGGAACGGAAGGACACAGCCAUGCAGCCUGCUGCUUACCUGCUCUCCUUGAUGCUUUGUGCCUUGGGGACCUUCUUUCUGGUUCAUUCCAGGCAGACAGGAGCCGCCUUGUUGACGGAGAUGGAGAGAAGGGCUGAAAACCGAUUUAUGGAGAAGCAGAAUAUCGUCCCCCUCCGUCUGAUUCCCCGCCCGGAAGACGGCACCCAGACUGGGCAUGGGGUGCUCAACACUCGGGUCAGCAGCCGCUCGGAUCGGAAGCAGUCCACUCAUGUUGCCCGAGCCAGCUUCCAGGUUGAUGCAUUUGGGUCAUCAUUCAUUCUAGAUGUAAUGCUAAACCAUGAUCUGCUGUCUUCAGAAUACCUUGAGAGGCAUAUCGAGCAUGGAGGAAAGACAGUGGAAGUUAAAGGAGGAGAGCAUUGCUAUUACCAGGGCCAAAUCCGAGGAAACCCAGAAUCAUUUGUUGCCUUGUCAACAUGCCAUGGACUUCAUGGGAUGUUCUAUGAUGGGAAUCAUACUUAUCUUAUUGAACCAGAAGAAAACCAUACUUCACACGAGGAUUUCCAUUUCCACUCUGUUUACAAAUCCAGGUUAUUUGAAUUUCCUUUGGAUGACCUGCCAUAUGAAUUCUGGCAAAUGAAUACCACGUCACAGAAGUUUGUUCUAAAGCCAAGACACAAAAGGAGUAAAAGGCAGGUUCAUCAGAUUUCACGUAAAGUUGAGGAGGAAACAAAAUACAUUGAGUUAAUGAUUGUGAAUGAUCAUCUAAUGUGUAAAAAACAUAGAUUAUCAGUUGGCCAUACGAACAGCUAUGCUAAAUCAGUGGUGAACAUGGCAGAUUUAAUAUAUAAAGAACAACUUAACACCAGGAUAGUAUUGGUUGCCAUGGAAACCUGGGCUACUGAUAACAAGUUCACCAUAUCUGAAAACCCAUUGGUGACUCUGCGUGAGUUUAUGAAAUAUAGGAGAGAUUUUAUCAGAGAGAAAAGUGAUGCAGUUCACCUUUUUUCGGGGAGUCAAUUUCAGAGCAGUCGGAGUGGUGCAGCCUACAUUGGUGGAAUUUGUUCACUAUUGAAAGGUGGAGGUGUGAAUGAAUAUGGAAAGUCAGACUUUCUUGCAGUGACAUUGGCGCAGUCGUUAGGCCACAAUCUUGGCAUUUUCUCAGAUAAAAGAAAACUACUAACUGGUGAGUGUAAGUGUGAGGACACAUGGUCUGGAUGUAUAAUGGGAGACACUGGUUAUUAUCUUCCAAGCAAGUUCUCCAAGUGUGACAUUGAGGAGUAUCAUGAAUUUUUAAACAACGGAGGUGGUGCCUGCCUCUUCAAUAAGCCAUCCAAGCUUCUAGAUCCUCCAGAAUGCGGCAAUGGUUUUGUCGAAGAUGGAGAAGAGUGUGACUGUGGUACUACUGCAGAGUGUGCCAUUGAAGGAGGAGAUUGCUGUCAUACAUGCACCCUGACUGCAGGCUCAGAGUGCAGCAAUGGGCUUUGCUGUAGAAAGUGUCAGUUUGAAUCGAAAGGGGUUGUGUGCCGAGAUGCGGUAAACGAUUGUGAUAUUCCAGAAAACUGCACAGGAAACUCCAGCCAGUGUUCUCCCAAUAGUCACAAAAUGGAUGGGUAUUCAUGUGAUAACAAACAGGGUAUUUGUUUUGGAGGAAGAUGUAAAACCAGGGAUCGGCAGUGUAAAUACAUCUGGGGUGAAAAAGUGACAGCUGCUGACAGAUACUGCUAUGAGAAAUUGAAUAUUGAAGGGACUGAGAAAGGUAACUGUGGAAGGGGCAAGGACACUUGGAUACAGUGCAACAAACAGGAUGUGCUAUGUGGUUAUCUUCUGUGUUCCAAUAUCUCUAAUGUCCCAAGACUUGGAGAACUUGAUGGUGAAAUCACAUCUUCAGUCAUACAGCUGGGGAAAUCCUACAACUGCAGUGGUGGACAUGUUAAGCUAGAUGAAGAGACAGACCUAGGCUACGUUGAGGAUGGAACACCAUGUGGCCCAGAGAUGAUGUGUUUUGAGCGCAGAUGUCUCCCCACUGAUUCCUUCAACUUCAGCAUCUGCCCAGGCACUACAGAUGACAAAAUUUGUUCAGGACAUGGAGUUUGCAGCAAUGAAAUUAAGUGUGUCUGUGAUCGAUUCUGGGUAGGAGAUGACUGCAGCACCGCUUACAAAGAUGCUUCAAUUUUUGAUAAAGAAAUGGCAGGCAAAGGUGUUGUUAGUACAAAUAUAAUAGUAGGGGCUAUUGCUGGCACCAUUUUAGUGUUGGCUCUCGUUUUAGGAAUAACUGGAUGGGGUUACAAAAACUAUCGGAGACAGAGACAAAUACCACAGGGAGAUUAUGUAAAAAAGCCUGGAGAGGCCGACUCUUUUUAUAGCGACAUACCUCCUGGAGUCAGCACAAAUUCAGCAUCUAGUUCUAAGAAGAGGUCAAAUGGAUUAUCUCAUUCAUGGAGUGAAAGGAUCCCAGACACAAAGCAUAUUUCAGACAUCUGUGAAAAUGGGAGACCUAGAAGUAACUCAUGGCAAGGUAAUAUAGGAGGAAACAGAAAGAAAAUCAGAGGCAAAAAAUAUAGGCCACGGUCUAAUUCAACUGACAGGGUAACCCAUGUAUCUGAGCCUGGGCUUUCUCUCGCCCACCAAAUCCCAACCCAAGGCAUAAGCCAAGGGGGUUCUCACCACCCCCAUACAGGGAAUCGGGAUCACAGGUAUUUAAAUCCCUGGUUCAAAAGAGAAUAUAAUGUAGCUAAGUGGGUAGAAGAUGUGAAUAAAAACACUGAAGGACCAUACUUUAGGACUCUGUCUCCUGCAAAGUCUCCAUCUUCCUCCACUGGAUCUAUUGCCUCCAGCAGAAAAUACCCAUACCCGAUGCCUCCACUUCCUGAUGAGGAGAAGAAAGCUAACAGACAAAGUGCCAGGCUAUGGGAGACUUCCAUUUAGUUCUACAGUUUACCUAGGUGACAUCAGAACUGUUUACUUCAAAUUUUAUAGAAACUCAGCAUCACUGAGUCAUGGCACAUUCAUCUGCUCUUCAGACAAUUUGAAAGAACAACAGAGAUGCCAGUGAUCACAGAGAGAACCUGCUCUCAAACCCAAGGGGAAAAAAACAACAUGUUUUGCUGUUGAUUAGAAUUCUAUUAAAUCUGUAAAGAAUAACCAAAAAUCACAAAAAUUAACAUGGGAUAAAUAGAUUGAAUAUGAUAAGAUUAUUUUGCAUGAUGACCAAUAUGUGUAGAAAUACAACUAAAAUUCAUGUACAAGUCCCAAAUAAAAGAAGUUUUUCUUUGGUUUA